AUGCAAUUUGUUCAUGCAUCAAAAACGUACAAGCUUUCUACAGAAUAUUGCAGCAAACCUGAAAAACAUAAAACCAGAACCGUGAAAUAAUGACCAGCCUAGCUAUAACCCUCUUCCUCUCGACCUUAUGGCUCGCAUCCUUUACGUCCCCUUGCCGGGGUAAUUUUGCAGUUAGAAUUUCCCCCACGUCGUCAACGAUCUCUGGGUCUCAUCAAUUGGUCAUUACUUCCGAACUCAGACGACAAUUCGGCAUCCCUAACGACUCCGAUCUGAAAAACGGCGUACGAAUCGAUUUCGGCAAGACCCCCAAUGACGCCUUCGUCAAGAGCCGCACCCCUUGGAACGACCUCUACAGCACGUACGGAUGGCAACAAGUGACAUCCAAGAUGACCGGACAACUCGGGUCGUCCUUCACCGAGCGGGAGACCAGGAGCGUCAUCGCAACAAACGAUUACGACAACGAGAGCAACCAAAACGUCACGAUCAGGGAGAUCUUGUCCCACGUCAUUUAUGACCCCGUAGAAACCACGUGGUCAGGAGAAGUUGGACUUAGCGCGAGCCAUGAUUUCAACAUUGACGUCCUCUUCAUGAAAGGGUCAGCCAGUUUGAGCUUCACCACCAAGAUUGGGUACUCCAACAAGAAAACUUCAGCCUCAACUGUGGGAUCCAGUACCGAAGUUGAGCUAGUCUUACGCCCAAAGAGUUCCGUUACUGUCGAGAUUGUGUCCAAGACCGCAUAUUCUUCGCCUGUAUGGCAUGUAGUAAUCUCCACUGAUUCAAAUUUCCCGCAAUUGCUAAGAUCUGGAUAAAUAUUUAUCGGAAGUUCGAUGUGUUGUAAGUUCGGUGCUGAAUAAAUCAAUUGUUGUGCGAGGAA